AUGUACUACUAUAAUGGUAAACAGCGGUCAGUUUCCGCGGAUUCGUGGGACGUGAACGACGGUAAUGUUGUCUGCAGAAGUCUUGAACAAGGACAUGCGAUCGAAAUUUCUUCUUGGGGUAUUUCUGACGCCAGUCACAUUGAUGUUACUCUUGAUUAUGUAAAUUGCUCUGGGAAUGAAUCCAGAUUCUUCGAUUGUCCUGGAGUGGGAAUAGCAUACGAAGACAAAUGUAAUCAUUCUCAAGAUGCAAGGAUUGUUUGUUCAGGAGGAAAUAUCUGCAUUACCGCUUUAUGUACCUAUGGAAUGAAUUUGCAAGAAAGUGAGUGUCACUCACUUAUGCAAAAGGCAAACGACUCGGCUUCAGGAAAAUGCUUUCAAUAUGAUUUGUCUGAAACUUCUUAUACAUCAGCGGCAUUGAAAUGUAUGACUUCAACAGAGCUGCAAUUAUUUAGUUCUAACCUUGGACAAAUACUGAAGUGCCAAGAGGAUGAAAGAGUAGUCUCUCGAACGGGACAAAACAUCUCUUCAUUGGGAAAGCGAGUCUUCUCAGGAAUGGUGAGCCUGGAGCAACUAAUUCUACGCGCAAACGUCAUCGAGUAUAUUGGAGAUGGAACAUUCGAUGGUCUGCAGAAACUUGCAUUUUUGGACCUGUCUGAAAAUCGUAUCCAGUCCCUUUCUUCAGCCGUUUUUUCUGGUCUUGUUCGAUUGAGAACAUUGUCAAUUGGAAGAAACAUGAUCACCCGUGUUCAAAGCGGAACAUUUCAUGUCUUACCGUCACUGCAAUAUCUGUAUCUCGACUAUAACAACGUAACAGGUUUAACAAACGAAAUAUACUUCGGUAGCUUAUAUGGAUUAUGGCUCAACAACAAUAAUCUCCGCGAACUGAAUAGUAGCAAUUUAAUGGGAUUAACCGAGCUUAAUGUACUAGACAUAGAUCAUAACCGCAUACACAAGAUAGACCACGGAUCAUUUGACGGCCUUCACAUUCAACAAUUAAAACUGCAGCACAACCAACUUGUUACAAUCAAAGGAAUGCUCAAUGGAUUGCCUGAACUCCAAUUACUAAACCUCUCGUUUAACGACAUCAAAUACAUUGGCAAGGAAGACCUGAAAUACCAAAUAAACUUGAUAAUUCUUGAUUUUAGCAAUAACCCGAUCGCAGUCAUCGAAUCUAUGGCAUUUGAUUAUGCAAUUAGUUUGCAAUACACGUUACUCGUGAACGUUGAUCUGCAAUUCAUACAUGAGAGCGUACUUACUGGUCUCUCUUCAUUGAAAGUCUUGUCCACCUCUGACAACAGGUUAUGUUGUCUUCUUGAUCAAAAGGAAAACGUGACUUGCGCAAGGACUACCCCCACAAGUCCUCUGGAAACCUGCGGUAGACUCUUUCCAAGCAUCAUUUUGCGAAUCGCUGGUUGGACCAUAGGACUCUGUUCUCUUGUCGGCAACGUCGUUGUCUUAAUUAUUCGAUUCCGUCGAGAAACAAAACUAAGUGUUCAAACUCUCUUUAUCAUGAAUCUAGCCUUUGCUGAUUGCAUAAUGGGUAUCUACAUGAUCAUAAUCACCUCCGUUGAUUUCUAUUUCGGUAAGAUGUACUAUUUAAGCGCUCCAAUCUGGCGUGGGUCCCAUCUGUGUAAAUUAUCCAGCUUCCUGGCUUUUCUAUCGAGUGAAUGUUCUGUUUUUACCUUGGCUCUAAUGACGUGUGAUAGACUUAUAUGCAUUAAAUUUCCAUUCAGUAAAUACAGACUUACUUUGAAAACCGCAGCUGCAAUUAUAGCAAUAUUAUGGCUCCUGGUAUGCGUCUUGAGCUUGAUCCCACUUGUAGUACCGGCUGACCUCCCCGGAUUUUACGGACUAUCCGAUGUUUGUAUCGGGUUGCCGCUACAUGCUGAAUCAGAGCAGACCGGGUCACUCCAUAUUGAAACCAGCAUACAAAAUCACGAAAAUCGAUUCUCAGCCGAGUACAUAGUAACCGACAGCACAUCUCGUCCAUCCUGGAUCUACUCUAUAAUAACAUUCAUAGGUGUCAACUUGAUUAUAUUUCUUUUUAUUUUGAUGUGCUAUAUUAUAAUGUUUAUUGAGGUGAGGAAAUCAACUCAGAGUGUCGGUAAUGCUACAAUCCGCAACCGAGAAAUCAAAGUAGCACGAAAAAUGGCGCUGAUCGUAGGAACCGAUUUCGCCUGUUGGAUGCCGGUUAUUAUCAUGGGUAUCCUCACACAAUCCGGUUUGAUUGUACUGCCGACAUCCCUCUAUGCUUGGAGUGUGAUAUUCAUCAUCCCUAUCAACUCCUCCAUUAAUCCCAUCUUAUACACGUUUGCUAACUACAUGGAAGGCAAGAAUAAGCCAAAGAAAAACAUGCAGUCAAAGUCAAAAUCUGAAGGACUUGUCGCUACAAAACGCACAGGCGCCACUGUUAGCAAUACUUCCCUGACACAGCUCAGUAAUGAUGGACAUUACAUGAACGACAGCAAGAAUAUUACGACAGUAGCGGGAAGUGUAAUGUAGGCCUAAGUCC